UCCACCUCCGCUUCUCUCUCUCCCCCUCUCCCUCGAUUGAGACUAUUCAACACCACUGUCCUGGACAUAUGUCUCAUUAUCUGCACACUAUAUUUCUAUCGAGAUUGACGCCGCAUCAAUAGUUACUAGCAAAACCAAUACUUCGAAUUUCCUAAUCUCCCGAGUUCAACAACAAUGCGGACGCAGUCGGCAAAAGAAGACAGGAAUACCAACGAUGCCUCGGCUCAAAAGCAGGAUCCGAUUGAGCGGAGAAGACUGCAGAAUCGGCUCUCGCAGCGAAACCAUCGACGCAAAAUCCGUGAUCGCAUUGCCAAGCUUCAAGAGCGCGUUAUUGCGAGUGAACUACGAGCAGCAGCUAGUUUGAAUGGCUGGGACCAUCCAAACACACUCACCCCAUCGCCAGUGGAACGGAUGCCGCCUGUAUACGAUCCUGAAGGGAACGCCUCAUCGCCCAUCCAAGAUGGUUCAUCGAUGAUGGCAUCCACAUAUCUGCCCCAAUCAAGAGUUGUCUGUUCAUCCUGCAAUAGCGCUCUGGGCCCGAUACCUGUCUUUUCCCCGCAGCCACCAUUUCCUUCCUCAUUAUACGAUGCCACGAAUGAGCUUGACGCCACCACCUCCUCGUCUACUAUCCGAAACAGCUUUUACUACCCGCGUUCAAAUUCCAUCAACCCCGAAAUGCAGAACAUGGCCAACCUUUAUCCUUCAAUGGACUCUAGUGUCCCUCCUCUUUGUGAACAAUGGACAGGCCCCGCCCAAUACCCCGGGUCAUCGUAUUACUAUAUAGCAACAGAGGCAUCCCUUCCGCAAAUUAUGCAAGCCCUGAGUACCAGUUCCUCACGUCCCAAAGCAAUCAUCGUGCUUUCACAAAACAACCACCCCACAGCACUGCCAGCAACCUUGCCUACAUCGCAGCCAUCGCCCCCCGGAACUGCAGUCGAGCUGCCCGCAUCGUCGAGCCCACUGAGCAUACAUGAUUCCCCAUGUCAAUGUCAGAACCAGGGCAUGAUGACACCAGGUGAAUGGGGGUCAUCUGCGCCUAUCUGCCCGGUACACCAGAUGCAGACAGGAGAAAAUCUGCAACUGAUGAUGCUUUGAGCGGCCUACAAUAAUAUACACGAGAUCCAUGUCCAACACGGAUUGAAAAUAGAUGAAAUUCAAGACCAACCCGUCACG